GUUUAAUAAUUGCUUCCCUUGCCCUGUUAGUUACCUUCUGCGUCUCCCCCUCCCUUCCUCCCUUCUUUCCUUUUAUAUAUUUUGCUGGGUUGACCGUAGGAAUCUCCAGGAGAACGUUCUUAUGCGGUGACGAACUGUCCUUUCCGGCUUCUGUUGCUUCCCCACUCCAUCAACACGGAGCAGAUGGCGGCCUACACAGCAAUACGCGCCGAAGGUGAUGGUCCCUCCGCAGGCCGAUCAUCGUCGCAAAUGGCUACCACAACGGUUAGUGUAGACGGAAUGACAUGCGGCGCAUGCACCUCUGCUGUGGAAGGGGCUUUUAAAGGUGUCGAAGGGGCGGGUGAGGUCUCCGUGAGCUUGAUGAUGGGCAGGGCCGUUGUACAUCACGAUCCUACCCGCCUCCCUGCGGGAAAAGUUGCCGAGAUAAUCGAAGAUUGCGGGUUCGACGCGACAGUUCUUUCCACCGAUAGCUCCUCGAUCCCGACGUCUGCGCAUGGGGCUUUCGAGGCUGAGGAAACGAAAAUCGCAUCCACCACAUUGGCCGUGGAGGGUAUGACAUGCGGGGCGUGUACCUCCGCAGUGGAAAGCGGUCUAACAGAGACACCUGGUGUACGUUCUGUCAGUGUCUCAUUACUUUCAGAGCGUGCGGUAGUGGAGCAUGAUCUGUCUACGAUUUCAGCGGAGCAAAUUGCGGAGGUUAUUGAGGAUCGUGGCUUUGGGGCCAAGGUGUUGGAAACCUUGACGCCCCGGGGUGGCUCUGGCAGCUCUCAGCAAUCUGCGGAUCCUUCGUCACAGUUAACGGUGACUACUGUGUCCAUCGAGGGAAUGACGUGCGGUGCAUGUACGUCGAGUGUACAGGGUGCCUUCGAAGGGAUAGAGGGCUUGGUUCAAUUCAACAUUAGUUUGCUUGCGGAACGGGCGAUUAUCACUCACAACGCUAACAUCCUUUCGUCUGACAAGAUCAUCGAGUUGAUUGAAGACGCGGGUUUCGAUGCCAGAGUAGUUUCAGAAAUGCAAGCCCACUCCCAGAAAGGAGGAUUAAGCCACGUUACGCUCGACCUUCAUGGCCUGCGCGAUAUGCACUCCGCUACGGGCCUGGAGGACUCCCUCAUGCAGAAAUCGGGCGUUGUUUCAGCAACUAUCACCUUUGCAACAUCUCGACUGGUUGUUUCGUACGACACCUCCAUGAUUGGGAUUCGCGCAAUCGUGGGCGCGAUUGAAGCCGCCGGGUACAAUGCCUUGCUGGCAGAUUCUGAUGAUAACAAUGCACAGCUGGAAUCUCUGGCGAAGACAAAAGAGGUUCUUGAGUGGAGGCGAGCCUUCCUAAUUUCACUUUCAUUUGCCAUUCCCGUGUUUCUGAUUAACAUGAUCCUACCUAUGUACCUCCGAAAGAUCGAUUUCGGCAAAUUUCAACUACUUCCGGGCCUCUACCUUGGGGAUGUGGCCUGUCUCGCCCUUACAAUUCCCGUACAAUUUGGCAUUGGAAAACGGUUCUAUGUCACCAGCUUUAAAUCAUUAAAGCAUCGCUCACCUACUAUGGAUGUCCUCGUUAUACUGGGGACCUCCGCUGCCUUCUUCUACAGUGUUUUUACUAUGGUGGUCGCCGUACUUGUCCAGCCCCAUACACGACCCAGCACUGUAUUCGAUACCAGCACGAUGCUCAUAACUUUCAUCACUCUUGGUCGAUGGCUAGAAAAUAGGGCCAAAGGUCAGACAUCAGCGGCUCUCUCUCGGCUCAUGUCUCUAGCGCCGUCAAUGACAACUAUCUAUGACGACCCAAUUGCUGCUGAGAAACUAGCUGAAGAAUGGACCAAGAGUGACACGGCGAACCGACAGCCGUCAUCAACCUCCUCUCCAGUUAGCCAUAAGAUUAUCCCGACUGAGCUUCUCGAAAUCGGAGACAUUAUUGUCCUCCAUCCAGGAGAUAAGGUUUCAGCAGAUGGUGUUGUUAUUCGCGGCGAAACGUAUGUGGACGAGAGUAUGAUUACCGGUGAAGCUUUACCAAUCCACAAGACGAAGGGUAGCAUCGUCAUUGCAGGCACCGUGAAUGGCACAAGCUCUAUAGAUUUCAAAGUUAUUCGUACGGGCAAAGAUACUCAGCUCAGCAAGAUAGUCAAAUUGGUCCAGGACGCGCAAACUAGCCGGGCCUCCAUUCAACGAAUGGCAGACAUUGUUGCCGGCUACUUCGUCCCUACAAUCAUCGGCCUUGGGCUGACUACAUUCUUUGGCUGGAUGUUCAUGAGCCACUUGCUUCCCAACCCUCCAAAAAUUUUCGUUUCAGAAGAUGGCGGAGGCAAAGUCAUGGUAUGCUUAAAACUGUGCAUAUCUGUCAUUGUCUUUGCCUGCCCAUGUGCCCUGGGACUCAGCACCCCGACAGCGGUGAUGGUUGGUACCGGAGUUGGUGCACAACAAGGCAUUCUCGUCAAGGGGGGCGCUGUUCUUGAGAGUGCCACAAAAAUAAAUCAUGUUGUCUUUGACAAGACCGGAACGUUGACGACCGGCAAAAUGAGCGUUGCAGAAACAAAAAUUGAGCGUCACUGGAUGUCAAACGAAUGGCGCCGUCAGCUUUGGUGGCUGAUUGUUGGACUUGCUGAAAUGAACAGCGAACACCCGAUUGGCAAGACGAUCUUCUCUGCAUCAAAGACUGAAUCAGGUCACUCGGGAGAAGGUGGGCUACCGGGAAGUUUGGGCGAUUUUGAUGCCUGUGUUGGCAAAGGCAUAUCUGCCUUGGUUGAACCUGCCUCCAGCGCUGAACGUAUCCGUUAUCGUGUUUUAAUUGGAAACUCCACUUUCUUGAAAUCCAAUCAUAUUCCAGUCCCUGAAUCUGCUGAGCAAGUUUCCGACGCACCUAAGGCUCCUGUUGGUAUCACCCAGAUUCAUGUUGCAAUUGAUGGACAGUUUGCUGGCACCAUUCUCCUCCAAGACACCAUCAAGGUAACUGCAGUCGCUGCGGUUGCUGCCCUACAUCGAAUGGGAAUCACCACUUCCUUGAUAACAGGAGACUCACAAGCGGCCGCUAUGGCCAUCGCCACAGCAGUUGGUAUCCCAGCCGACGCGGUCCAUGCCUCCGUUUCCCCAUCUGAAAAGCGGUCCAUCAUCACAAACCUUCAAGAAUCCGGUGACUGCGUCGCAAUGGUUGGAGACGGUAUCAACGACUCCCCCGCCCUUGCCACAGCAUCCGUCGGUAUCGCCCUCUCAUCCGGCACCGACGUUGCGAUGGAAGCAGCCGACAUUGUCCUCAUGCGGCCUGACGACCUUCUUUCCGUGCCCGCAAGUCUCGCUCUCUCCCGCUCCGUCUUCAACCGCAUUAAACUAAACCUCAUCUGGGCCUGCGCAUACAACAUCAUUGGUCUGCCGUUCGCCAUGGGCCUCUUCCUCCCCUUUGGCGGGUACAUGCUCCCUCCAAUGGCCGCCGGCGCAGCAAUGGCUCUCUCCAGUGUUUCGGUCGUCGUCAGCAGUCUCCUCUUGAAAUUCUGGAAACGCCCAUCCUGGAUGGACGCUGAGCUUCUCGAGAAGGAGCUUGCAGCUGGUUUCCGCGGGCCACAGAAGAGCUGGUGGAAUGCUGCCCUUUUCUCCGUUACUGGAUCUUCUGGUCGGAGAAACGGCCCAGUCCAAUGGAUCCGCAACGCAACUACAAAGACAUGGUCGUAUGUCACGGGGAGACCGGUCCAGACAACAAGUCUCGAGGGCGGAUAUGUCCCUCUCCAGACUGUUGAACCUGCAGUAUAAAACUCUGUCUUUUUUUUUCGUUUUUGUGUGUGUGUUGUUGGUUUCCGAUUCCAGGUUGUAUGUUUGCUGCCUGGUAGGCGUUUAUACACCUGCUUAUCGAAUGUCAUUGAUGAUUUUUUUUUCCUUUUGAUUUUUUGAUGAUGAUUGUUGUUGAGUUCACCAACACCCUGGCUAGACCUGGACCUGGGAACUUGUGAUUGUCAAUGUUUUAUGUGCUUGUUUUGCCCGAUACCUUUUGUUAUUUGUUACGUGAUUUAUGUUAUUGAAUGAUAUACAACCUACACAAUACACCUGUACAAUUCCUAUCCCUGCCCCUGUGCUAGUAGCAGUGUACUUGGUAUUCUCUUUCAAAGUAAUGCAUUCAUUUCCUAGCUGAAUCCUGUUCUAGCUACAAGGUACACAAUGGACUAGACACUGAAAA